CUGCGGGCAGGGCCGCGCCGCCUCAGCUUGUGAGGGGGAGCGGGAGGGGCGCAGGCCGGCCCAGCGCCGUGAGCCCGGUCGCUGAGGGAAGGGAGCUGGCGAACAGGAGCCUGGCUCGGCGGUGGACGCUUCGUCACCGCUGGCGUGGGAAGGCUGACACGCCGAGCGUGCCCGCGGGUGCUUUCCGGGAGGCAAAACGGGCCCUGGGACGAAUAAAACGUAAAGUAGGAGUUAGCAGCACCUGCCUGUGCUCUCAGCUGUGAGACUGUGUAGGUGUAGCAGCCCUGAGUUGUGUCCUACUCGGUGCACGGUCAUCUUAUGGAAACCCUCUUCUGUAGAGCGAAAGAGCUGUCACUUAAAAUAACCCACUGGCUGUUUUGGUUUUUUGGUUUUUUUUUCCUAGUUACUAGUACUGCCCGGUCCUAUGGUCUUGCUCUGUUCUGCAGAUGAUAAGCUUUUACCCCAAACAGUAGAGCUUGAUGUAUGUCUGUAUUUUCUUCCCCUCCCUCAUUUCAGUGAAGAACUUAGAAACUGGCAGAAGCGCUCCAGGAGUAAAGAUGUUUUUUGGCCAUGAAAUAGUCAAUGUGGAAUUGCUGGAUGAACCAGAUUCAGGGAAGGGAACAGCAAUGCUCUCUGAAAUAAAUGUGAAAUUUUAUCUGAAAUAAAGGUCCUUUUGUGCAAAAUAAGCUUACUGUUGGGUAGCUUCAAGAUCUUCUUUAAGAACCAUGCACAUUGGAUUAGGAAGUUGCUUCACAUGCAGCAGUUCAUUGUCUGGACACAGGUGCACUUCAGCUGUUGAAGGGAACAAACAAGCGGACACAGGACCAGCGGAUUGUGGCCCGUGGACUUCUUGCAUUUCCCAAGAGAGCCAGCUCAGAGCCUCAAAUAGCUUAAAAUACUCCCUCUCAGAGGAGAAGGAAGAAGAGAAUGUGGAGUACACAGUUGUUGAUUCUUUUCAGCAGAAAUUUGGCCCAGCAGUGCUGCACCUAAAACAGCAGUGUGUUGUCAGUGUAGCAGGAGACGGUGUUAAUUUGUGUCGUCACAGAAAACUCUCAUGGCUUGAGAUAGCAACAAAGAGCCAUAUUUUUCUAUUUGAUAUCUUCCUUCUGGGACCUCAGGCUUUCAAAAAUGGAUUACAAAUGGUGCUGGAAGAUAAAAACAUCUUGAAGGUCAUGCAUGACUGCCGCUGGAUCUCAGACUGCCUGCUUCACCAGUACGGUGUCCUUCUCUUCAAUGUCUUUGAUACACAGGUUGCUGAUGCUCUGCAGUUCUCAAUGGCAACAGGUGGCUUCUUUCCGCAUCGUGUCUGCACGUUACAGGAGUGUUUGAUGCAGCACUUGAAGAUACCUUCCAAAUGGGAUGCCAUCAUGAAGUGCAGGCAGCAGAUGGCUUCAGUGAGUGAUUCAGAGAAUCCUGACAUGUGGUUCUUGAGACCUUUUCCAGCUCCUCUGCUUAAAGCACUUGCUCUGAAGGCUAUGUACCUUCUGCUGCUCCACUCAUCUCUAAUGGAUAACUUGAUGUCUGACCUAACAACUGUAGUAUGUGGUUAUUUAAAUGCUUAUCGGACUGGGUCUGGAGAUCACCUUGGGAGCACAAAGCCCAUUUGCAUGGAGCUGCCAGAGGAGCUACGUGAGCUGGCAGACAUCCAGAAGCUACGAAGGGAGAAAGCAAUAAAAGACUACAGAAUGAAUGAGGAUGGUCUUUUGAUCAGACCAGCCUUGGAAUUAAAAGAGAGAAACGAUCCACAGAAGGAUGGAAACUACAGAGAUGAUGGGGAUCGCUUUCCCACAAAUAAAGCUGUGUCUCAAAUUACAUCCUUCUACAAUCAGGAUGUACUUUGUCAAGAAAAGCCUGAAAAUCAAAAUGAAGUGGUAAAUCUGUGGAAGAACCUUAAACUGACCUCAAGCUGGCUGCACGAAUCUAAUUUCUGAUACAGGUGACUUGAUGAGCUUAGACUGGGUAUUUGAAGACAUCCAAAUGAAAAAAGGGGCUAUUCCCCAUGCAGAAGUGUCAAACAAAAGCUCCUUUCUUUACAAUGACAGGUAAACCCAUUGCUGAAUGGAAAGAAUGAUGGGCUUUCUUUUGAAGGAAAUUCCUUCUUUGUCUGACUGUUCUUCUCAAGGUCUAUUUUUGAGAUCCAUUUUUUUUCAAGAGCUAUUUUUGAUUUCAAAACAGUGACAUUUGUUUUUCUUGUGUUGUUACCAGACCAGUGUCUUAAACUGUAUUGGUUCUUUUGUUACCUGUUGCAGGUAUGUAAAACUCUCAUUCAAUCCAGAUAUGUAAACAGGGGAGCUUAUAAGAUGCCUUUUCAUUGAGAUUACAAAGGGUUUGCUUGGAAAAAUUUAAAAACCUUUUGGCCAACCCAUGUGGGCUUGGUUUAUAUACAGAUAAGUCUCUUGGCAUAGCUACACAACAGUCUUUCAUAGGAGAGUGAAAAAGAUCACACCCUAAUGAAUCGCUAUGCUGGCAAAAACAGCAGAGGUGUACAGAUAAAAAGAACUUUUCUGCCAAGUCAGAGUUAUUUUAGGCUGAGAAAAGAAGCUUCCUGCUGGAAGUUGCACGCCACCGUUGUUUGUCAGCACUGCUGUUUCAAACUCAUGUAGAUAAGGCUGUAACACUAAUGUGGUGUGCAUAUAGACAAGUGUGUAUAAAGGGGAGGAAAAAACAGUUAAAUUAGUUUAAAAGAUAUAUAGCAUUCUUCCCCCCCCCAAGCAAAAUAAGAUAUAAAGGCAAAACCAGUUUAUUUCCAAUAUACUUGCUUUGGCUGGUGUUCACUAAAAGUAAAGCCCCUCCAACUGAUAGUACUACUCUACCACAUGACAAAAUUAAUGUAGGACAUGCCUGAGUCCUGGAACAUUUUUUUGGCCUAUGGCUAUAUUUGUCUUGCAAGCACAGGACUGUUGAAAAUUCUUUGCUUUUGAAAUACAUAAAAAAUAUUGCAUGUUUUGCCAUUCAGAUGCUUCAGACAGGGUGGGGAGCACCUUAAGCAUAAGGAAGGUUUUGUUCUCAGGGUUGUGGCUAUGAGUAUCAGUGAACGCUGAUGGAACAACAUGAAAUAGGGAAGAAUGGAAGAGGUAACAGUCACUGUCCCAACCAGACUGCAGCCUAAGAACAAUCUGGGCAUUGGGCUGCGAAUGUGUUAAGAGUAAUGAUGUCAGGUUGCAAGGGACAUGAUGUCUGCAUGUGAGUACAUACCUGUUUGAGCCAUUUUUCUUUGGAUGUAAAUUGGUGUGACUAGAUGCUUACGAUGCAUCCGUGUGCAUUUCUUUUAAAUAUCGUUAGGGGAAAUGUGUUUUGGUGUGUGUUUGUUUUUUUUCUCUCCACGAAGAGUACUAGACCAGCAGUAUUUAAAUAGGUCUCUUCUUUGAAACUAUAGAUAGGACUUGCUCACUUCUGGGAAUGGCAGAAAAAUCAGCAGAAAAACUUCCAAGGCUUGCUCUUUGUCAGUACAUUUUGUACUUUUUUUUUUUUAAACCCUUAACAGUAUUCUGUAAUGAAACUGAAUAGUUCCUUUGUCUCAGUUCACUUUAGAAAAAUAAAGCGGGCUUGAAACAA